AUGACGUCGAGAAGCAACCCGUCGAACUGGGACGAAUACCAAUAUGGUACUUCAGCUGGCCAUAGAGGCUCCGUGAGCUCCACCGGAGGCAGGAGUGUGAGAUUUGGGGACCAAGAGGAGCCGGAAUCUUCUGCUUUGCUUGGUACUCCUAGAGACAGAUCGGAAAGUGGUCAACAGGGAGAUCUUCGAAGACGCAGAUCCUCAAUAGGUCUCCGAUUAAAUUCCCUUGCACAGGUUGGAGGUGUAAACAGUAUCGAGAACUUUGCCAGAAGUUGGACUCGAGCUGCUGGUUUUCUCGAGGUUACCCCGCAUCGACCGUCGUUCAUAUUUACUGGGGAGCAGGAGCAAGGCAUAGAUGACACGAUUGAGUAUGGGAGGACGGAUGAGGAGUACGGACACCAUCCAAGAACGUCUUUGAUCAGGGCACAUCUGCAAGAACAUGGCAGUCCCGAGAAUGCUGUGGAGGAAGACUCCGUGUUUGAACCCGAAUCCGAUCCUACUACGCCGCGUCCGCUCGACCACAAAGCAUCUCAGAAGAUGCGACUUGGGAGUGAUAUGGCAAGUGUGCAGGGUAGUAUCAGAGGGAGCCCUUCUGUGUUUGCCAUCCCUCCACACCUGGCCACACCACUUUCUGGCGCUUCAGGGACUUCCUAUGGGACAAUACGAUCCGGAUUGAGCGAAUCGUCUAUGAUCCACGCAGGUCAAUUAUGGAAGCAACAACAAGCAAGACAAAGGAUACAUGGUGAAGGCGAUCGGGAACCUCUUCUCGUCAAGGAAGUUGAGCAAGACGGGAAGAUUGUUCUCGCUGUCGCCGGCCAGUCUACACUUCCACAGACUAUCUUCAAUUCCACCAACGUCCUCAUUGGCGUGGGGCUUCUCAGUCUGCCGAUGGGUAUCAAGUAUGCUGGUUGGAUAAUGGGGAUGGUAUUCCUUGCGUUCUCAGCGCUUGUUACAGCCUACACGGCUAAGAUUCUGGCGAAAUGUAUGGACGUGGAUGCCAGUCUGAUAACUUUCGCAGACUUGGCCUACGUCUCAUAUGGGCAAAAGGCGCGGAUAGCCACGAGUGUAUUGUUCAUGCUCGAGUUGCUGGCUGCGUGUGUUGCAUUGGUUGUUCUCUUUGCGGAUACCCUUGAUCUUUUGAUUCCCGGUGUUGGUGUUAAUGAGUGGAAGAUUCUGUGUGGUAUUCUUCUGAUACCUCUGAACUUUGCUCCAUUGAGACUGCUCAGUUUCAGUAGUGUGGUUGGCAUUUUCUCGUGUUUCUGCAUUGUUUCAAUUGUUUUCAUCGAUGGAUUCUACAAGCCGCACACCCCAGGAUCUCUCCGCGAGCCAGCAAAGACGUACCUAUUUCCCAGCAACUGGCUUACCCUCCCCCUCUCCUUCGGACUCCUAAUGUCUCCUUGGGGCGGUCACUCCGUGUUUCCCAACAUCUACCGAGACAUGCGACAUCCACAAAAAUUCGGUCGCGCUGUCAAAGUCACCUUCACCUUUACUUACGUCCUUGACUGUGCCACGGCUGUCGCAGGGAUCCUCAUGUUCGGAGACGGUGUGGCGACGGAGAUCACUGCCAACUUGCUCAACACCAAGGGCUAUCCCCGCAUGUUGUCCAUCAUCAUGAGUGUAUUCAUCGCCAUUAUCCCUCUCACCAAAGUACCUCUCAAUGCCCGCCCCAUCGUCUCAACAGUCGAAGCCAUCUGCGGACUCGACACACUGUCCGUGUCCGAUACACCAGUACUAACAGGUCUCUCCGGUUAUACACGUGGCAUCCUGCGUGUCAUCGUACGCGUCCUUGUCGUUGUCGUAUUCGUUAUCAUUGCUAUCGUCUUCCCGGCUUUCGAUAGCAUUAUGGCAUUUAUGGGCAGCUCCCUGUGCUUCACUAUCUGCGUCAUCUUGCCCCUCAUGUUCUAUCUAAAGAUCUUUGGCAAGGAGAUUAGUAUGAGAGAGAGGAUACUGGAUUAUGUGCUUAUUGCCUUCUGCUCCAUACUCGCUGUUGUGGGAACUGUAUGGGCUUUCUUGCCGAAGACUUUGAUUGGUGCUGAGUAG